GCCUCGUGGCGUAACAAGCUCCAUGGCAGAACACAUCUGAUCUGAAAGGACGCAGGACCUGUGCUGAACCUCCUCACCUACCGUCCUCCACGACCUCACCAUGGACAGAUCACUGCAGAGCUCACCAGCCCAGGAGGUGGACCGAAUGCCCCCCGCGCGCGCGGUGGCCGUGGUGGGCGCAGGCGCGGCGGGGCUGGUGGCCGCACGCGAGCUGCUCCGCGAAGGCCACGCCGUCACGGUCUUCGAGCGUUCGGACCGCGUGGGCGGUACCUGGGCCUACGACCCGCGAGCCGACGAAACGGAUCCGCUGGGCGCCGCCGUCCAUGGCAGCCUGUACGCGUCGCUGCGCACGAACCUCCCGCGCGAGCUCAUGGGCUUCUCAGGCCACGAGAGCCUCGUGGGCAGGGUCUUCGCCGGGGACCCGCGCACGUUCCCGGGCCACCAGGAGGUGCUCGCCUUCCUGCGCGCGUUCGCCGAGGAGUCCGGGGUCGCCCGGCGCGUCAGGCUACGCGCCGAGGUGGUGCGCGCGGCGCCACCCCUCGGUCGUGGCGGGGAAAGCGGUGAGAGGUGGAGCGUGGCGUGGCGGGGCGAGGACGGCGAGGUGGCCGUGGAGGCCUUCGACGCCGUCGUCGUCUGCAACGGGCACUGCACCGUGCCCCUCGUGCCCAAGCUCCCAGGAAUCGGCAAGUGGCGAGGAAAGCAAAUGCACAGCCACAAUUACCGCAUUCCCGAGCCAUUUCGAGAUCAGAUCGUUGUUGUGGUAGGAUUAGGAGCCAGCGGAAUCGACAUCGCGAGAGAGAUCUCACAGGUGACCAAGGAGGUGCACAUCGCGUCAAGACAGAACGAACACAGGCUGGGGAAGAUCUCAAUCGACCCCUACCUGAAUGUCUGGAUGCACGCAGAGGUGGAUUGCAUCCAAGAAGAUGGCCAAGUGCGCUUCGCUGAGGGUGCAGCGGUGGCAGCAGACGUGAUCCUCUACUGCACAGGGUACCGUUACCACUUCCCGUUCUUGGACCUGGACGAGCUCACCGUGGACGACGAGAACCGCGUCGGGCCUCUGUACAAGCACGUCUUCCCCCCGAAGUACGCGCCGAAUCUCUCCUUCGUCGGACUGCCGGUCAAGACCAUCCUCUUCCAGUCGUUCGAACUGGAGGCCAAGUGGGUGGCGCGCGUGCUGUCCGGGAGAGCGGCUCUGCCGAGCGAGGAGGGCAUGCUGGACGCUGUGCGGGAGCACUACCGGCGGAUGGAGGAGAGCGGGAGGCCCCGGCGCCACACGCACGCCCUCAUGCCUGAAUGGGUGGAGUACAUGGACUGGCUGGCGGAGCAGGUCGGCGAGCGGCGGCUGGAGGCGCGGAGGCGGGACAUAUACGAGAGAGCCCUCCAGCGCGUCUGGUCUCUGGACGGGGGAUACCGUGACAGCUGCGAAGAUGAAGAAAAGGGCAGUGGCGACAGUAAAGUUUAGGAUGUGUCUCUGCAUGAUUAUCUUAACAACUGUACUAGUAUUAUUAAGCAAAGUGAAGUUUUUAUUUUGAGAGAAAGCAAAGUGAAGUUGGGUGAA